CCAAUGUCUGUGCUCUGUGUUGCAACUCUCGCAUACCUAUGUCGGCAUGUGCAGCAGGUAGGUCUUGCCUAUAAUGAAAACAAUGCCUUCCGCAUUCCGGUAGAGACACUUCUCCGUCAUUCAAAUGGACCAAAUUCCUCUCUCAAGCUUUUUGACUAUCGAUUCUCCUCGCAUACGCACAUUUCUUCUUUUUCCGUCAGUCCCUGGACCUACCUAUUGACAAGCUUAUUUCCCGCCAUUCUACCCUUCAACCAUCACCCUGAAAGUCAACAACCUAAAAGGGCCCUGCACUUGAGAACUCGCCACGUCGAGUCCAAGGCACAGUGGUCAUCCAAAUACCUGGUCCAGGCUUAGCUUCAGAUAUGGAACAUCCUUUGACAGGACCUCUCGGUUCAUCCAUCCACGGC